AGCCGCUAUAAUCUUCUACUCAUGAGUUUUGUCGUGUCACCCGGAGGGGCAGACUGUCACAUCACAUACGGAUUCGGUCCCAACUUAGGGCGUGGCCAGUAUAAUACAUUGAUCAUUGAGUAUCGUACACUUCCCUGCGUGAUAGCCAAAACUCCCAGCAGCAUACACAUCAAUUGUGGAUCUGCACCGCCACCGAUUACUAUUGAUCGGGCGGAAUAAAUAUUUCCUAGUACCAUUUUUUUCUAAAAUAGUAUUAAUGGUUACCUGGCUUGUUUAAAUACUCCUCUCAACCUUUUCUAUCGCCGACGACGACGAGGAAGGAAAAGGAAAAAGGGAAAGAAAGAUCAAGUCAAUAACAAAGGUCUUGUUCUAGCCAUAUUAUCGUUGACGCAACUCCCAUGGAGUGGCAGAGCCAUGCGCGCCGGCGCUCUCAACCUGUGCAUAAUGAAGCAGUGGAACGACAAUACCAGGAACUACAACGGAGAUGUGAAACAGAGCCUGCAAAACCCCUACCUGUCACAUGGAUGUCACUGCCUCGUAAAGGCCAGCUUUUGGUAUUGUGCCUUUGUCGUGUGUUUGAUUUUCUGCAAAUUGCUUCGCUCCAAGCCUAUAUGUUCUAUCAGCUGAAGUCAUUUGACGAAAGCCUCUCCGAUUCCGAAAUCUCGACUCAAGCAGGCAUUCUUCAGGGCGCGUUCACAGCUGCUCAAUUCGCUACAGCCAUUCCUUGGGGUAGAGCUGCCGAUGCUAAAUGGGGCGGUCGGAGAUUUGUCCUACUGAUUGGUCUGCUAGGAACAGCUGUGUCAUGUUUAGGUGUUGCUUUCUCGACUUCAUUCAUGCAAGCCGUGAUUUGGCGCUCUUUUGGAGGUGCGAUCAAUGGGACUGUGGGGAUUAUCCGUACCAUGAUCGCAGAGAAUGUCAAGGAAAAGAAAUACCAUUCUCGUGCUUUCCUAAUAUUGCCAAUCGGUUUCAACAUUGCUGCUUUGUUUGGACCAGUAAUGGGUGGUAUGCUAUCAGACCCUGUGAAAAGUUACCCCAGGCUGUUCGGCCCAAAUUCUUUAUUUGGGGGAGAGUCUAGUGUUCAGUGGUUAAUCAAAUAUCCCUAUGCCCUGCCUAUGCUUGCGAAUUUCUUUUUCAUGUCAGGGUGCGCUUUGCUAGUAGCAAUUGGACUUGAAGAGACACUGGAAUCCUGCAAAGGUGAGCCAGGGCUCACUUUCUAUAUACUCAGGCUUCUUUACCGUGUACUUGGAGUUGUUAGUUCAUCUACUCCAUCUCGUUACUCUCAUAUCUCUAUCCAUCAUGAUGAAGACGGGCCUCUUCUUGACCCAAGAAUAGAGGACCAUGACAUAGAAGAGAGGGUCAAGAAAUCGAGGUCUCCCAUAAGCAGGCUACCUUUCCACAGAAUCUGGACAAAGAAUGUGCUAUUCACGCUAGUGGCACAAGCCUUUUUUGACUUCCAAAUGGGCGCCUUUAAUAACAUAUGGUUACUUUUUCUCUCAACACCUCGUUAUGAUGCAGAUAACCCGACUAGUCCUACUCGGAAGCUUCCAUUUCUUUUUACCGGCGGUUUGGGAAUGCCACCGCAGAGUGUCGGAUUUGCUACGUCUAUCCUUGGUAUCAUUGGCAUGGCGCUGCAGUUCACUAUCUAUCCUUCCAUAAACGGUCACCUAGGAACUUCCAGAAGCUAUCAAUAUUUUCUUUCGUUAUUUCCGAUAGCCUACGCUUUUGCACCGUACAUCUCUUUAGCACCGUCGUCAACUGCCCCUCCGGCCCAGGCCAGUGGUCCUUGGGUUUGGUUCUCCAUCAUAAUUGUCCUCUUUCUACAGGUUACUGCCCGUACAUUUACCCUCCCAACGUCUAUAAUUCUACUCAACAAUUGCUCCCCUCAUCCUUCCGUUCUAGGUACCAUACACGGUAUCGGCCAAUCGGUCUCUUCAGCAUUUCGAACAAUAGGUCCUAUAUUCUCCGGUGCUUGGUAUGGAUAUGGUCUUGACGUUGGUAUCGUGGGGUUUGCCUGGUGGAUCGUUGCAUUAGUCUCUGUCUUCGGGUGCUUAGCAUCAGUAUUCGUCUAUGAAGGGUCGGGACACGAAAUACUUCUUCCUGGUGAGGAUGAGGUUGAACUCAAGUGAUAGUAAUAGCUAUAAAGAACUUUCGACAUGUUAGUAUUAAGAAAUAGUCUUUC